UGUUGGAAAGGAAGAUUUCGACAAGACAAAGCAGAGAGGAGCUGAUAAGAAGGGGAGUGCUGAAGGAAAUGCCCGAGCAAGAUGGUGAUGUAACGGUGAAUUUUGAAACUUCAAAUGGACACACUGUAGCCGUUGGUGAAGAAACCAUACAGGAAGAAAAUGGGGUAAAAACCAGUGGUGAUAAUGGUACUUUAUCAGAGAAAGCAUCAGCAUUGGAAGGAAAAAAAGAUCAAAAAGAGAGCACUACUGAUCACUGCCCAGAAAUACCGGCUUCCCAUGCUCCACCACCCAAGCCUAAGCCUAAAUCUAAAAAAGCUCUGCUACCACCAAAAAAUGCUAUUGCUGCUUCAACCACCACCAGCCAUAAGAGUAACGAAGCACCUCAUGCUAAAAAAAAGGGAAAGGCUCCUGCUAAGCAGCCUCCUCUCCCACCGCCCAAGCCAACAAGUCACAGUGCAAAUCGAGAAGCUGCUAGUUCCUCUCAUGCAAAAAAAACACCAGUCUCCAAGUCCUCUUCAUCACCAUCUCCUUUGUCCACAUCAUCUCAUCCCAAAGCCUCUAAGGAGACUUCCAGCAAAUCGGGCACAUCAGGGACUCCCAGGGGCAAGAAAAAACCUGGGAAACAGUCAGCCCCACGAACAGCACCAGAUGGGGCUGCUUCUUCCCCCUCGGGUGCAACAGCCAACAGGUUGGAAGUGAAGGCAGAAAAACCUGAACCUGAGUAUCCUUCCAUAGUAAUUUCUGAAACAGAGGACGCAGACCAACCGAGCAAGCUCAUUGUCCCCCCUCCUCCCACCACUGCCCCUCCUCCACCUCCACUUCCACCUCCUUUUCCUGCUGCAGCUGGUCAGCCCACCAUCCCCUCAGAUGCCCCAGAUGUGCCAGACAGCUGCAUGGCAGGGCAGGCUGUCUCUAGAUCAGAUGCUAAACCUCUUCUCCAGACUGAGCAUGGCACGGAUGACAGCCUGAGCAGUACGGCCCUAGACAGCGGUCCAGAUGCUAGUGGAGAAGACACAAAAAGCUUGGCUACCAAAGAAGACCAAGAAGCAGAGACACCCGACCAAGCACCCUCUGAACUGACGGAGGAAGCCUCUGAUGCUGCUGUCCUUCCUGAGAGUGAAAGUAGCAGAGAGAGCCACAGCAGUGACUCGGACUCUGAUGGGCCCAUACUGUACACAGAUGAUGACGAUGAUGACAACGAUGAUAAUGCAAGUGCAGAAAGCUCUUUGGCAAGUAAAAUUCGUCGCAGAGAUACUCUUGCUAUCAAACUUGGCAACAGACCAUCUAAGAAAGAAUUAGAAGACAAAAACAUCUUGCAGCGUACAUCUGAAGAGGAGAGGCAGGAAAUCAGACAUCAGAUUGGAACGAAGCUCGUGAGGAGACUUAGCCAGAGGCCUACAACUGAAGAGCUAGAACAAAGAAAUAUCCUAAAGCAGAAGAAUGAAGAAGAGGAACAGGAAGCCAAAAGAGAAAUAAAACGUAGACUCAGUAGAAAGCUGAGCCUGAGGCCCACAGUGGCUGAACUUCAAGCAAGAAGAAUCCUUCGAUUUAACGAGUAUGUGGAGGUCACGGAUUCUCCGGAUUACGACCGUCGUGCUGACAAGCCUUGGGCCAGGUUAACUCCCGCAGACAAGGCAGCAAUACGGAAAGAACUGAAUGAAUUUAAAAGCACAGAAAUGGAAGUGCAUGAGGAAAGUCGGCAAUUUACCAGGUGGGUGAAUCUCUCUUCUUGC